AUGUCAAAUAACAAUAAUAAUAAUAAUACAGCAUCAUCAUCAUACAAGAUAUUCGAUGUAAAUGAUGUUACAUUUCUAGCAAAGGGGAAAACUAAAGAGAUCUUUAAAUUCAAUAAAGACGAUCAAUAUGUACUAGUUGUAUCAAAUUCAUCAAUCACUGCUGGUGAUGGUGCAAAGCGUGACGAGUUACCAGGUAAAGGUGCAUUUUCAACUACUACUGCUUGCAAUGUAUUCAGAGUAUUACAUUUAUCAAAUAUAGGUUCUCAUUUUAUUCGUCAAGAAUCACCGACUAGUUUUAUUGCAAAGAGAUGUUCAAUGAUUCCUUUAGAAGUGAUUGUUAGAAGAUUGGCAACUGGUAGUUAUUUAAAGAGAAAUCCACAAAUUGUUGAAGGGUCAAGAUUCAAUCCAUGUUUGAUCGAGUUUACCUUCAAGGAUGACGAAAAUCAUGAUCCAUUGGUCACCGAACAAGAUAUUCUCAAGAUGGACCUCAAGAUUGGAGGUGUUGCUGUCACUUCUAAAUUACUUUCAAAUAUUAGAAAUGUUGCUACUCUUGCUUUUGAAGCUUUGGAAAAGGCUUGGCAAUCACUUGAUGUUGUUUUAGUUGAUUUUAAGGUUGAAUUUGGUAUUACACCACAAGGUGAGCUUAUUCUUGCUGAUGUUGUCGAUAAUGAUUCAUGGAGAAUUUGGUUGCAUGGUGAUAAGAACCUUAUGAAGGAUAAACAAGUAUAUCGUAAUCUUGGAAUCAAGGAAGGUGCUCCAAAGGUUGGAACAUUGACUCAGGAACAAACUCAAAUGCUCAUAGACAACUACACUUGGGUUGCCAAUCAAUCAAACAAGUUGGUUGAUUAUACAAUUAAUAGCAAUUUCAUUGCUCAUACUCCAUCGAGACAUACAACAAUGAUUAAUAAUAUAUUAUCACCAAGUCCAUUAUAUUCACCAUUACCACAACCAUCAUCAUCAUCUCAUCAUAUUCAACAAAAAUUACAACAACAACAAUCCAAUUUCACACCAAAUUCAUCCGAUUCUAUUCCAUUAUUACCAGUUCAACCAUUAUUACCAACUGUUACAACUCAACAACAAACAAAUAUAUCAUUAAUUAAUAGUAACAAACCAAUGGUUGGAAUUAUUAUGGGUAGUCAAUCUGAUUGGGAUGUUAUGAAGUUGGCAUCCAAUACAUUGACACAACUUGGUAUUCCACAUGAAACAAAGAUUGUAUCUGCACAUAGAACACCCGAUAGAAUGUUUGAAUAUGCAAAGUCUGCAAGAUCAAGAGGAUUAAAGGUUAUUAUUGCAGGUGCAGGUGGUGCUGCUCAUCUCCCAGGUAUGGUUGCUGCCCUUACAUCACUCCCAGUGUUUGGUGUACCAGUCCAAUCAAAGGCUCUGAGUGGAGUAGACAGUUUAUUGUCCAUCUGCCAAAUGCCAGCCGGUAUUCCAGUCGGCACACUUGCCAUUGGAGCUGCCGGUGCCACCAAUGCUGCCUUGUUGGCCGCUUCUGUUCUUUCGCCAUUCUACCCAGCCAUUGAAUCUAGUCUCGAGACAUUUAGAAAGAAUCAAACUGAUGCUGUUGCAGACUCACCAUCUGAUAAUGUCACAAACGCUGGACAUCAUCAUCAAACAGUCACACCCAAAUCAAGUGAACCAAUUGCCAAUAUUACAUCUAUUCUAAACGCACAUCAGGUAGUUAACCCUUCCUCAUCAUCAUCUCAAUCAAAUAUAACUAUACAAUCACCACUACCACUUCCACAUGUUGGAUCAUCCCAUCAUUUACAUCCACAUUCAUCAUCAUCACCCAAUGCUGCCGUUCAAUCACCAGUACGUUCACAAUCACCCAAUGUCAUUACAAACACCAUCGAGCAUAACAACAAGGGCCCAUUGUCUGCCUUUGUCUUGUCAUCUAUUCGUCCAUCGCUCGUUCUUCCACCCGGAUCGACCAUUGGUAUUCUUGGAGGUGGUCAAUUGGCCAGAAUGAUUGUUAUCGCUGCCGCUCAACUCGGUUACAAGACACAUGUAUUUUGUCCAGAGUCUGACUCUUCAGCCUCGCACGUUGCCACCGAGACUACUAAAUCCAACUACAACAACUAUGCCAAUCUAGAUAUUUUCGCUAGCAAGGUCGAUGUUGUCACCUAUGAAUUUGAAAAUAUCAUGGUUGAGCCAGUUGAAUACCUCGCUAAAAAGGUUGGUGUCUUCCCAGACCCCAAGGUACUCCGUAUCUGUCAAGACCGUGUCCAAGAGAAACGUUUUAUCCAAAGUUUGGAUGUACCAACUGCCGCCUUUGAGCCAAUCGACUCGCUCGACACUCUCAAGACUGCCAUCCAAAAGGUUGGAUACCCAGCCAUCCUCAAAUCCAAUACUAUGGGCUAUGAUGGCAAGGGACAAGUAAAGAUCACCGAUCAAGUCGACCUUGAAUCGGCCUGGAAAAAGGUGACCAAUGAAACAGGUGCUCAAAGAGCCAUCCUCGAACAAUACAUAGAGUUUGAAGGUGAAUCAUCUGUCAUUGUCGCACGUACUAUCGACUCUACCGAACUCUGCUUCCCAUUGGUCACCAACAAACAUCGUAAUCACAUUCUCAGACAAACCAUUGCUCCUGCUCCACUUCCACCCGCCGUUCACGCUCAAGCCAAGGAAAUCGCUACAAAGAUUGGAAAGGGUAUCGGUUUGGUUGGCAUUUUGGCUGUCGAACUCUUUGUCGUCAAGCAAGCCGAUGGCAACUACAAGUUAUUGGUCAAUGAGUUGGCCCCAAGACCACACAACAGUGGUCACUGGACCAUUGAAGGUUGCGUCACUAGCCAAUUUGAACAAUUGGUCCGUUGUAUCUGCGGACUACCAUUGGGUAGUGUCGACCUGAUGAAGAGAAUCACUGAAAAGGAAUAUUUGGAACAACCUGCCGCUCAACAACACCCAAUCGUAAUGACCAACCUUUUAGGUGCCGAGGUUGAAACUUGGGAGAAACACCUAUCCAUCAAGGGUUGUCAUUUACAUAUUUAUGCCAAAGGUGAUAUUAAAGAAGGUCGUAAAAUGGGUCAUAUAAAUCAAACUAAUUAA